GCCACUCUAACAGCCCCGCAGCCUCACCCACAGGGCUCCCGCCAGCUCCGUGCGGACUUACAUCCCUUCCCGCUUUCGCAGCCCCUGCCGGGACCCAGCCUAGCGGCAGCGCUUCCUCCCCUCCCGCACAGCCCACGGGGUAGACGCGCGCCGCGCCGUCCGAUGACGUCAGGGGCGCGCCGGGGCAGGCGCGGCGUCCACCAGAGUGGGCGGAGCGGGCGGCAUGAGCGGCGGCACCUCGGCUGUCCCCGCAACAGGGGAGGCCGCCCCGAGCGGCGGCGGCGCCCGGAAGCGGGACUCGCUGGGAACGGCGGGCUCGGCGGUGCAGCUCAUCAUCAGGGAUCUUGGGGAGGUCCAUUCGAGGCUCUUAGACCAUAGGCCGGUCAUUCAAGGGGAAGCCCGUUACUUCGUGAAGGAAUUUGAGGAGAAGCGUGGGCUGCGGGAGGUUCGUGUGCUGCAGAGUCUCCAGAACGGGACCCAGGAGACCCGUGACCAGGUCCUUCCCCGCUGCCAGGAGGCUAUGGGGCGCAGCCUGAGCCCUGUCCUGCACACACCCCAGCCAGAAGAGGGGGUGGCCCUGGUGCUCAUCCUGGAUGGCCGUGUGCUCCUGCGGGGAGGCUCUGGCUCCUCUUGCCGUGACCCUCCCGCCUGGGCCUCGGUUGGUAUUGAACUGAGUGAAACGGGACCUAGGGAGUGGCAGGGACUGAGGCCCAGGUCUUGCUUGGUUGGUGGGGGGGGGGAGGGGGCGCCACCCCCUGUUUCUCCUCCCCUCGCCCCUUCCUGCCCCUAUCUCCCCCCACAGGCGGAGUAUCUGCCUCAGGUGACGCUGCCUGCCGCUGGUGCCUGCAUGCAGAGCCAUGUCUGGGGAGCACCGCAUGACUGUCUCCUCUCUUCCCAGACCCUUGGCAGCCGUUCCCUGGCCAGCGAGCAGCGGCGGCGUGCCCAGUGGGAGGAGUUCGUGAGGCAGCAGCGCGCCGGGCAGGCGGCCGUGGACGAGGAGCACGGGCGAGCACUGGGCCGUCUCCGCGCGCAGUAUGCCCGCAUGGAGGAGGAGCUGGCCAAGGCCUCCGCCUUCUAGGCUGCUCCAAGCCCCAGCAGGCUGUGCUCCAGCAAGCUGCCCCCUGAGCUUGUGGGGGCGGCGGGGGGCACCUCCCAGGUGACUGGACAGCAGAGGCACUGUACCAUGGCCUCCCACAGAGACUGUGGGCGGGAGCAGGGGCAUGGGGUCCCUGAGGGGAACCACAGGACAUUUGGGCCAGGUUUUGUGUCCAGCACUUAAAUGUCCAGCUUCAAAAACAGGCGCGGAGGAAAACCUUGGCGAAAACUCUUUGACCUUCAACUUCCUGAGAGCCCUGGCCUUGGCAUGUGACACCCUCUGCUUUGUUGUGUCCGAGUCAGGGCAGCCACGUCUGCACCCAGCUGGCUGCAGAGCAGAAGGUGCGGGUGACAGCAGGGGGCCCACUGCUGUGACGCUAUUGGGAGCAGGGUGUUGGGACAAGCUGGUCUCCUAUCCACGUAGCCGGCUGCCAGCUCUGCCUUCGCGUGAACCACGCAGAAUUAAAUGCCAGUUUGCCGAGAUGGCGGUGAGAGUGAUCUGGGUGAAUGUCGGUCUCUGCCACUCCCAACCCCACCCCCUCCCCCGCCGCCACGUGCCUGCCUGUUAGAAUGGGGUGAAGGAAGCAGAAGAGAUGACACUAACCUAAGGUCGUUCUCAGCUGGACUCGGCCACUGUCCAGUCGUCUUCACUCACAGGAGGCCUGUUGUUGGCGCCACGGCACGCUAGCUGAACUUCCUGGCCUCUGGGUGGGAAAAUGUCCAGGGCACAUCCGUCUACUUGCUACCUCUAGUGACACGGGAGGGCCUUCCAAAAGUCCCCUCAUGGGCUGUCCUGCCGAGGCACACCCUGAGGCAUGCAGGGCAGACCCCAUGGACUCAGCCGGUACACCGGUCUCACAGGAACACAGGCCCUCCCCCAGGCUGGGGGUCUACACCAGAUGAUGGGUGGCCCCUGAAGUUUAAGCCUCAAGGCCAGAAAUUCUUGACAACUUUGCCAGCUCGUCACUGUAAGGCAUGCGAGCUGGCUCCUCUGCCACCUGCCUGGUCACUCCUGCAGGGAGCCCUCCCAUACCUUCCUCCCGGGCUCCAGAUGCCUCGGCACAUGGUUUGUAUCCACACAAAUGCUGACUUUAGCGAUCGCAGUUCCUGCCACAGCCUGCACCCACAGGGCUAGUGUGGCAGUAGUGCAUUGUCAAAGAACUAGAAACAUUUUUAAAGUCUCAGUGUUUUUUCUUUCAUUACAAUUUCUUGUCUGACUUACAAAAGUGAAUACGUUUGUUUAGCACAUAGGUUUUAAAACUCUUAGGAUUGAUGUCUGCUUUCAUUGGAUGGUCGCAAAGAAUCUGUUUGUGUAAGAUGGGUGUGUUGGGAUUGCCCUGUGACCUAAAUAAGGUCGUCUUUUUAGAAGUGUGGUAUUCCAGUUGCCAAGUGUCCAUUGGACCAGGCCUGUUACUGGUGGUGUUGCUUUGUUUCCUAUUUACUGCUGUUUUCGCACUACUUGAUCUUUCAAUUCUGAGAUAGGUUGAAAUUUCAUACUCAAAUAGAUUUUCUAGUUUUUCCUGAUAAUUCUGCCCACUUUGGCUUUAUGUAUUUUCAUGCCUUAUUACUAGGUACAUAGAAGUUUGGAAUGCCUUGCCUUCAUAUUUAGAAUGUUAGACCUAGAGCUUCUACUUUA